AAUUGAUGGUUGGAAUUUUUUUGUUUUUUUUAAGCAAGGGAAAAUCAGCCACCAACAAUAAAAUAUGUGAAUAUCCUAUAAUGGAGGGGCAUCACAGUAAAAUUCUGAUGGCCAUUAGUGAGAAACUAUGAUUAACAAGACAACCCCUACCCUGCGCUGCUGACAUGUGUGUUUCUAUAAAACGCUAAACUAAUCUAAUGCUUUACUCCAUUAUUAAAGCCUCAUAGCCAAUUACUUUGCAUCCUUCACUGUCUCCUCUCCUUCCUAAUUCUUUCUUUAUAUAUUCAUCGUCUCUGUACUUCCCCAACCUGACAUAUAUACUCUCAGCUUUCUUAGCUACCUAUUCAGCUCGCCAUGGCUAUGGCUAUUGAUGAUGUUUUUGAGCUUGAUUUUUCUGGCUACAGCUCCACCACAACUAUCACUACUACUACCGUUACCACUACCACCACUUCCACUGAAAAUGAUCACCAUACCUGUGACUGGAACGUUUGUUCUCCGAUUGUCGACUGGGAAGCCUUUCCUGUCAACCAUGAUGAUUUUCAGGAUCUUAUUGAGUCUAUGAUGGAAGAUGAAGGAUUGAAUCAGACAACCAGUAACUCAAACUCCUCCACAGACACCAUUUUGAUUGACGAAGAAACCAGCGGUGAAGAUUUCAAAGGCUUGAGGCUUGUUCAUCUGUUGAUGGCUGUCGCUGAGGCGCUUACGGGUGUCAACAAGAGCCGUGAUUUGGCUCGGGUGAUAUUGGUUCGGCUCAAGGAGUUGGUAUCCCCUAACGACGGAACCAACAUGGAGAGGUUGGCGGCAUAUUUCACAGACGCCUUGCAAGGUUUGCUAGAAGGAGCCGGAGGUGGCCCCGUCAAGCAUUUAAUAAACAAUGGGCCGUAUCACCAUCACCACCGCGACGAUCACCAUCAUCAAGCGGACGUUCUUGCGGCGUUUCAGCUGCUGCAAGAUAUGUCUCCCUAUGUGAAGUUUGGGCAUUUCACAGCCAAUCAGGCUAUUCUUGAAGCUGUGGCUCAAGAUAGGAGAGUCCACAUAGUGGACUACGAUAUCAUGGAGGGUAUCCAGUGGGCAUCAUUGAUGCAAUCGCUGUUUGCCAGGAAGGAUGGCCCACCAACCCCACACCUCAGGAUCACAGCAUUGUCAAGAGGUGGCAACAGCAGAAGAUCAAUCGGAACGGUCCAGGAGACUGGACGCCGACUGGUGGCUUUCGCCGCCUCCAUUGGUCAACCAUUUUCUUUCCACCAAUGCAGGUUAGACUCAGACGGGUCUUUUAGACCAUCCGCUUUGAAGUUGGUCAAAGGAGAGGCAUUGGUCAUGAAUUGUAUGCUGCACCUCCCUCAUUUCAAUUACCGGGCACCCGAUUCUAUCGCUUCCUUUCUAUCCGGAGCCAAGACUCUUAACCCGAGAUUAGUAACCCUCGUGGAAGAGGAAGUGGGGCCCAUUGGGGAUGGAGGGUUUGUGGGCCGAUUCAUGGAUUCAUUGCACCAUUACUCUGCCUUGUACGACUCGCUAGAGGCAGGUUUUCCGAUGCAGAGUAAGGCGCGGGCAUUGGUAGAAAGAGUGUUCCUGGGGCCCCGUAUAGCUGGGUCACUAGCUCGAAUCUACAGCACACGUGCAGACGAGGAGGGGUGUUGUUGGGGGGAUUGGAUGGGUGCGGGCGGGUUUAAGCCAGCUAAGAUAAGUUUUGCCAAUCAUUGUCAAGCAAAGCUUUUACUAGGAUUAUUCAAUGACGGGUAUAGGGUGGAGGAGUUGGGUUUCAAUAGGCUAGUGCUUGGGUGGAAAUCCAGGCGUCUUCUCUCAGCCUCUAUUUGGACUUCUCCUUCCAAGUCUGAUUAAUUUGUAAAUUAAUUAAAAAUCUUUUUUCUAUUA